AUGAAGCUUAAGAAACUAAAGCAGCAGCAGCUUCGCGCUAAAACCCUACGUGAGAAAAUCGAAGCCACACUUGCUGUGGCACUUUUUUAUUACGAAAGUGAUGAUUACGCUUCUGCAGUUAGUGAAUAUAAAGCCCUGCUUGAACUCUACGAGAGCGGAACAGUUGUUGAAAAACUUCAGUUGGCCCUAACUCACCGGUCACUUGCGGAAUGUUAUUUGGAAUUAGCGGAUUUUAACAAUGCCAUUAAGCACUCAAAUCAAUAUCUCAAAUUAGCAAAAGAAGAAAGCAAUUUCCUAGAGCAGCAACGAGCCUUUGUGACCAUUGGACGGUGCUUUGAAUGUCGCGCUGAUAAUGUCUUUAACGGUGAAUUAUCAAAAAAGAGUUUGUUUGCGGCGAAGCAGGCUAUUUUAAAGAGUAUAGAACUUACCAAGUCAGUGAAAGGCCACGUUCUUCGAUCAUGUGGAGACUUUGAUUCGGCCCGAGCUCGGUUUGAUCAGUGUAUUAAGAUUUCGUAUAAGUAUUCACUGAAGAAAUUACUAUGGGGUGAGGCUGCCUUUACGAAGAAAAGACUGGAAGUUUGUGAUUCUGAAGGUCUUGAUCAGUUGUCCGCGUUGGCUAAACAAGUAGAUUGUGGUCUUGUAUCCGCUGCUGAAGCAUGUGCGAGUUUAGGUGCAUACGCUCUUUGCGCACACUUUUAUCAUCGAGAAAUCGAAUUUCUAACUAGUCUUUCCGGGUACUCACUUUCGUCUUCGACGAAUCUCAGUGAGGAAGAACUUGCUCGAAGUUGGCUUUCUCUUGCCAGGGCUUUGAUUCAAUCACCGAAAAACACGCCGCCAGGAUUUCAUUUAACGGGCAUUCGUGAGUGCCUCGACGAACUAGUUGAGUACCACAGAAGUUGUGGACGAAUGUCUCUUGCAAGCCUUUACGCGGAUGAGUUGAAAGCUCUUGGCGAUAGUGAGAGCCACCAACCCAAUGAUCCUACCACCAGUUCUCAAGUUCGUAUUCAAGGCAGAAGAAAAGGGGAGAUUGAAUCAGAUGUUGAUUUAGAUUUCGAAACUCAAAAUAAAUCGUUGGACGAAGCCAUCGAGGUUCUUUCCUCUGAUUCAGACAUUGCACAGUGUGUGGAUGUAUCCAACGGAGCUAAUGAUUUGAUAGAAUCACAAGGAAAGAGACGGAAUAAAGCUCUUUGCCUUAAAACAAAUCUGAAGGGCGAGUCCCCCUUGCAUGUUGCUGCCAUCAAUGGCAAUCUCGAACACGUUGUCAAACUAGUCGAAGUUUUGGCACACCCAAUAAACAUUCGUGACGGUGCUGGUUGGUUGCCCAUCCACGAGGCAGCCUUUCACGACCAUGCUGACAUUGCUAUCUACUUGUUAGAUAAAGGAGCCCACCUAGACGACACAGGAUGCCAGAAAGAUCUUUCAACGCCCCUCUUUGAGGCAAUUCAUGGAAAUGCUCUCAAAACUGCCACUAUCCUCGUUAACCGUGAGUCUUACGAAAAAUGGUGCACCCAUCGCCCCCAGAAGCCCCCUUUAGCGGCUCCAACUCAAGCUACUGAAUCCAUAGCAUUUAUGAAUGCGGGUGAAGUUGAUGAUGCCAAUCUUGAACACAAUCUUCCCCUUAUGAACAAAAAGAAAAGAUCAAAAUCGUUUUUCUCGCGACGCCAAAGGAUUAGUUCUGAGUCCUCCUCAGGGGAAGAGACGUGUAAACAAAAGAAGUAUCUGAAACGGAAUUCUCUCGAUUCUUCUUUGUCGUUGGGGUAUACCAAGGCUGUUAAUGACUACCGCAAUGCCAUGAGGGCGGUUGGCAGUUCUGCUGUUCGUUCCUCUAUUGAGGCUUGCGUGGUUGAUGAUGAUACUAGUGAAAAUCGGGCGGGUGACCUUACUGGAGUUCCCGCUGACGAUACUGCCAGUUGGCUAGAAGACGACUUGAAAUGUUCGAGACAAAAGAAAAAACGAUCAAAAAAGGCCCUAUAUCAACCACUGCGUUACAGUCCACAGCCCCAAUUUCCGUAUCCUAGGUCAACGCACUUACCGGAUGCAGAUGCGUUUGAUCCCGCUGAGGCUCUUUCAUCCACUCAAAUACAGGCGCAUGCGCCCUCUCAUGUGCCGCAGCCCUCUUCGGCAGAGACACCAGCAGCUCCCGCUAUCCAGGCAUCUCAGCAGCCUACGGUCCAGCUGCCGACACAGACAUCAGGCGUGACCUGGUGCACUGUCAAGGUUACUUUUUCGGAUAUUUCCCUGUUACUUCCCGUUGAUUCCCAACAUCGUACUGUAAAUUGGCUUGCAGAAGAGGCCUAUCGUCGCCACCAACUCCUCCUUGACCAGGAGUUACCUGCCACCACAAACCAAGUUCGUAUACGCUCUCCAGAUGGUGCACUACUUCUUCCGACGGAUCUUCUCUGCUCUGUUCUUCCUACAGCCCUCCAAGGCGCUAAUCCAGAACUGAUGGCGGAAAUUGUUCAGCCUAGUAUUCAUGCGACUGGAGUCCGAAAUCGCUCUCGGACACCUAAUCGCCCCACACCAACUGAGACUUCGGUUCCUCCGGUUCUGGUUUUGGGAUCCGCCAAUACGCUCGAAGGAUUGGGCCACAUUUCCUCGCUAACUUUACGUCGGUCUAUAUCAAAUGCCUUGGAUACAGGUCUUCUGGACCUCUCUUUCCAGGCUCUCGGGGGACCAGGAUGCGCCAAUGCCCUUUUGGAGUACGUGAAAUUAAGGGCUGAAAAUCGACAUGUCACAAAACUUUGUCUCGAUGGUAAUUUACUGUCACCAAAUGAUCUGCAGGAACGCUCAUCUUCGGAAAGGCCUGUUCUGCUGCUGGCCUUUCAGAAGGUUUUAACACCUCAUUUGAAGGAGCUGUCGUUGGCGGACAACUUUCUCACUAUUGAUGCAGUAAUAACCUUACUCUCAGGAGGCCAAUAUUUACCCAGCGUGCCAGCUAAUCAGAUAACUCACUUGUGCCUGAGUCACAAUCCCCUGUUUGUCCAACCAACCGACCCCAGUCGUAACACUGUCACAUCUCCUACAACUUUGCCAUGGUUCAACACUGACCAACUCUUUCUAACUGACACUGGCGCAUCCAAUGUUCCCCCGUCUACGACACUUUCAUGUCUCCUUGCCGCAUGUCCAAGACUAAUCCGCUUAGAAUUGAUCAACUGUGACAUCACGCCUACAGUUUGGCAGAAUGCCUUAGUGCCUCGAUUUGUCAGUACAAGUAGCUUUUCAUAUUCGUCUGAAAGGACUUUGUCUAACCCUACAGUUAGUCACCUAAGUGAGUUGGACAUCAGUCUGAAUCCACUUUCGUCGAAAAUGCUUAACACCGACGGAGACUCCUUGUUUGAUGUCCUAUCGGCUCCUGAGGGCAAAGGCCACUCGCUUCUCUCAUCACUUCGUGUUCUCUCCGUUCGAGGAAGCCUCUCGGUGAGUGGGUGUAAACGUGGAGGCACCGGACUAGUUCUAGGUGAUGAGGCGUUAUCCGGAGAAACUUGGAUGCUUUGUGAGGAUUUUUGCAAGGACACAACCACCAAACCAUCAGGAGAUGUCUUUAUCGCCUGUCUUUCCCGUCUGCUUGAUGCGACACUAGAUGUUGGUUGCUGUAAUUUGACAGAGGGUUGCCUUCCGAACUUGCAGAGGUUGUUGGCGGCUCCGAGCACGACUCUAACUUCACUGUCCUGCGAUCGAAACCCCGGUUUACGAAAGGGUACUGUGUGGGCCAACGUUCUUUCAACCAGUGGCCAGGCCUCUUCUCCACUUGUUUCGCUUUGUAUCGAUAUUCCGCUGCUUGUAACGGAGGGUGACUUGACGGCUACUGUGGAAGCGGUUGCCCGCAAGUUUUCACCAAGCACCUGCCCCACACCCUUGCAGGAGUUUACCCUCAUUGGAAGCGUAACUUGGCCAAAGCGCUCACGUUUGGAGAAGCAAUUGAAGGAGGCUGAAGUUAAGGCCUCUCUCGCUCAGCGAGAGCUGAGUGCAGCUGAAAAGGCAUAUUCUUCAGCCCAGUCAGAAGAAUUACUGCUGUGUGAAAAGAAACAGCUGCUUCUGCACAAACUGGAGACUCUUAAUUCCAUGAACGAUAGGUUACAUCAGCUGUUCACCCAAAAUCAGGAAUCGGAAAUCGAGCUAGAAAACUGUACAUCAAAGCGUCAAGCAGAAGUAUCAUCGGAGUGGUAA